GCGCACACACACCGUCCGACGCCGCGAGGCGUUGAUCAAUACGCGUCCGCAUCUCCGCGCUCUCGAGUCGUCGCCGCCGCCGCCGCCACCGCCACCAGCCGCCAUCCGUGCGCCAUCCUCACGAAUUGUAUCCUCUCAUCUCUUCGCGAUGCAGUGAGGCCAUCGCCAGCGGGCAGUGUGUGCGUGUCGCGCGCGCGCGAGUGGUGUGUGCGUGCACCAGGAGUUCGAUCGGAACGAGUGGUGACCGGAUGUUGUGGUGGUGGUGAACAAGACAACGACGACGCUCCACGAUGCACCUACACACCCUCUUUGUCAUCGUACUGCAUGUGCUUCAUUUCUCAUUCUGUGCAAAUGUCAAAGUCAACUUCCGCGAGAAAGAGAAGGAGAUCCUGGACCAGAUCCUUGGCCCGGGACGGUACGAUGCACGCAUCCGACCCGCCGGCGUAAACGGCACAGACAUAGGCGACGGGCCGACGAUCGUAUUCAUCAACUUCUUUCUGCGUUCAAUCAGCAAAAUUGACGAUUACAAAAUGGAGUACAGCGUGCAGUUGACGUUCCGUGAGCAGUGGCUGGACGAGCGGCUGAAAUUCAACGACUUUGGGGGACGCCUCAAGUAUUUAACUCUCACUGAAGGUAAUCGGGUAUGGAUGCCUGAUUUGUUCUUUUCCAACGAGAAGGAGGGACACUUUCACAACAUUAUUCUACCCAACGUUUACAUUCGCAUCUUUCCAUAUGGAUCAGUACUCUACAGUAUAAGAAUAUCCCUAACGCUUUCGUGUCCUAUGAAUUUGAAACUCUACCCACUUGAUCGACAGAUAUGUUCAUUACGUAUGGCAAGUUAUGGUUGGACCACAGAUGAUUUAGUCUUUCUUUGGAAAGAAGGUGAUCCUGUCCAGGUGGUGAAAAACUUACACCUACCACGCUUCACCCUAGAAAAAUUCUUGACUGAUUACUGCAACAGCAAAACCAACACAGGAGAAUACAGUUGCUUGAAGGUAGACCUCCUCUUCAAGCGUGAAUUCAGUUACUACCUGAUUCAAAUCUACAUCCCUUGCUGUAUGUUGGUCAUCGUGUCCUGGGUAUCCUUCUGGCUCGAUCAAGGAGCUGUACCAGCACGUGUAUCAUUAGGUGUGACCACUUUACUGACCAUGGCCACACAGACAUCUGGAAUCAACGCAUCACUACCUCCAGUCUCAUACACGAAGGCCAUCGAUGUGUGGACAGGGGUAUGUCUCACGUUUGUAUUUGGGGCGUUACUGGAGUUCGCUCUGGUGAACUACGCAUCUAGGUCGGACAUGCAUCGGGAGAAUAUGAAGAAACAAAGGAGGCAGUGUGAAUUGGAACAUGCUCAAUCAAUGGAUGCCACUUCGGAUCUGCUGGAUACAGAUAGCAAUGCUACUUUUGCUAUGAAACCAUUGGUACGUCAUCCAGCUGAUCCAAUGAGCUUAGAAAAAGCGCGCCAGUGUGAAAUCCACAUGCAACCACGUCCGAACUGCUGCCGCACGUGGUUGUCCAAAUUCCCAACACGAUCAAAGCGCAUCGAUGUCAUUUCGCGCAUCACCUUCCCGCUGGUGUUCGCCCUCUUCAACGUCAUCUACUGGUCAACCUAUCUCUUCCGUGAGGACGGCGAGGACUCGUAAACAACUCGCCACUUCCCCCACUCCCCCAAAACUCUAUAAUCAUCCUGCAAUCAUCCGAAAUCCGAUUCUGUUCAGAGAAUAUUGACGUAUCCCACAGGACCUUCGCACUCAAUUACUCAUCGUGUUUACCGUCGCGAAGUUGUAGACUCUGCGUGCGUAGAAUGCUUAGUCAAUUGAUCAAAUCACUACUUAACGCCAGAAAUUAAUGUUUUUUUAUUAUAUUUAAGUUUUUCGGUGGAGAUUUAGUAAUGAUGAUGUAGAUAUUGAAUCAAAUGCUUAUACAGGGUGGUGUAGUUUAUAAAACAAAACACAAGAAAACCAAUCUCCGAACUGAUCAGAGCCGCCAUUAAUACACGAGCUUUGUUGACGACGCCAAUGACGCUCCUAAGUUCCUAAAAACUCAAUUUUGAUUUCGAAUCGAAUUUUAGCCUAAAAUCGGAACCCUGUACACAUAAUGAAUACACACACUCUCGAUAAAGAAGAACUGAUACAUGCGCAUGCGCAACAUGCUCAGCCACUUACACACCACACACACACACACAACACUUACUCGUAUAAUAUACUCGUAUUCUCGUCUACGGCCAACAUUCAUGACUACAUGUGUAAUUAUAAUUCGUGUGUAAGACGAUUGAAGUGUUUUUUAUCUCUUAUAUAUAGGUUUGGCCUUAUCAACAGAUUUUAUAUGAAGACAAAGAAAGCGACACAUUCUCGACCGAUACUUAAGACACAUGUCUAUAUAAAUAUUAUAUAUCUAUGUUUAUGAUGAUGAUGAUGAUGAGGAUAUAAUCGAUGUUGUUUUGUUUUCAUCGCGGAUUGAAUUUUUAACGAUUGUUUCGAGUAGCGUGUCACAGCAAGACAAAAAAAUGAUUUAUAUAUAUAUGAAGAUAUAAAAGAAUCUAUAUAAAGAACACAUAUUUAAAUAAAGAUGACGACGAUAAGGGUUCAUGUGAUUCCAGAGUAUUGGAAGUUAUGAUAGGAAAAUAUUUAUGGCGAAGAGGUACAAGAUGAGGUUAUGUAGCGUACACUUAGAGUGAAAAACCUUCUCUCUCUCUCUUUCUGAAUCCAUCUGUAUCGAUUCGUAUCAUGCACACACACACUCAGUUUGUAUCGAAUUUACUACUCUCUUGCGACAGGCGUGUGUUUAUUCUUUCGUUGUGAAAUCAAUUAGAGAACAAAAUAUAACGUAAACGUUCGUGAUUGUUACCGAAACGAUAGUGAGUUGUAAGCAUGCGGGAGGAUGGAGACAUUCAAGCAACAACAAACCAAGCGAAAUCGAAAUUUAAAAACAUACAAAAAAUUGUGAAGUGAAAAAUAACAAAAAGAUUUUUACGAUAGAAUUAUUAAGCAGUUUGUGAAUCUUGAAGAAAUAUAUGACGAUAAGGGUUAGGAUUAGGGAUAUAAUAAAUGUGUUUUAAGUAAAAA